CGCGGUUGCUAUGACGCCCGGGCCUGGGUAAGCACCUGCCGCUGGCCGCUGAGCAGCUGUGGAGCCCAGUGAGCCAGGACCCUCGCGGCACUCUACGAAAGUUUCCGGCCUGGUUCCUGAGGUUCCCGCGGUUCUGCCUCAGCCCCGAGGAGGAAAGCGCCUUCUCUGCGUUCUUUUUCUGCAUUCCAGGUCUUUCCCACUUCUCUCGCUAGUGUGACCCGAAACCGGAGAAGAACCUCUGCUGGCUCUGCCUUUAUUGUGGCGGGCUGGAGUGAUUCUGCUUGAAGAAGGGACCCAACCGUCACAGGCCUUUAGAAUUAGGCCGUCUGCCCUAUUUAGAGAGGGCUUGGAACCCGUCGGUUAAGUGGGCGCCCCUUUUCUCACUGCCCUGGCAAAGACUCAGCCCUGCACAGACCACUGCGCCUGGUGGGCCUGGCCCGUGCCGAGUCCUCCAAGCUACGGCUUCCCCUGGUCUUAGGCUUGUGAACAAAGAACUGCCGUUUUCUGCUUGUUCGCCCUAUGUUCAUCAUGCAGAACCUUAAAUGCUGAUGAAGCUCUGGAGAGGCCUUUUGUAUCCUCAGCAUCGGAUGUCAUCAAGUCAGUUACCUUCUGCCUUUCGAGCUAUGAUCUCAUCCGCUUCUCUCAUCACCCUCAGCACCAGUUUUCUCAUCCUGCUCAUUCCACAGCCAUUUUCACCCUUUCUUGUCCACGCUGCACAUCACUGAAUGUCCAUUCGUCUCCACCACCUCUGCCAUCUGUAGACCACCUCCCUCUGAUUUCCUGCUACAAUGCUUUGGGUAGCUAAGUAUUCCACAUUCUUCAGCUCUGGAAUCCUUUGGAAGAUUUUCUUUGUUUCUGUGCACUGUGGCCAGCUUCCUGUCUUGGUUAAACUAACUAACAUGGAGAAGCGCACUUUGAUAGAGCUGGGGCUUAGCAAAGAUGGAUUAUUAUUUAACCCUAACAACCCCAUGAGGAAUGGCAGCAUCUCAAGGGGCUGUGGAAGAAGAGGAGCCCAGGAAGAACGGAGAGAAGAAAAGGCCAAAGAGAACAGUGAAGACAGGCUGAGCACUGCUACCAGAAAUUUAGAAGAGCUAACAGCGAAGCACGUGGAAGAAAUGGAAGAAGUGGAAAAGUAUGCAAACCAUGUCCAUAACUUAACAGAGGAAAGAGAAGCAUCUUCUCACAGUUGUGAAGAGGAAAACAAAGAGCUUAGAAAUGUGGUUAAAGAGCUCCAACCGAAACAGGAAGUGCGAAUAAAAGAGAUUGAAGAAAUGUUGUAUAAAGAGGGCUUAUCUGAAAUAGCUCUGAGCAGCCCCAGUGAACAGAUUAUAUACUUAUUGGUAGAAAGAAGUACACUCUUGAGGAAACUGGAAACUGGGAGCCCCAAACCAGAGUCACAAAGAUGUAUGACCAGUAACCUACAGAAAGGACUUGCCCAGGAGAAAUUUGAGCAAAUUCAUCAGCUCCUGCAAAGAGAACAUGAGAAAUAUCAGGUACCUGUGCGGCAGUCUGGAAAAACUCUGAGUGAGUCCCGUAAUGAAGACCUGGAAAAAGAUAAAACUUCACAAAACUGCCUGGAGAGAAAUGGAGAAGCAGCAGUGGAGAAGUUAGGGAUGGCCCAGAAAGAGAUCCAAAGGCUCACUGAUGAGCUACAGGAGAAGGAGAAAGAACAGGGGAAAUUAGAUUCUGCACUUCAGAAGGCUCAGCUAGAAAUUGAGAAACUAAAAGAAAAUUUGACAAAGCUGAAAGAAAAAGAUUCGGUUGACCUACAGAAAGCAAGGGAACAUAAUCAGAGACUGGACAAGGAAAUUCUGGCUUUAAGAAAUCGGGUUCGAUCACUUGACUCAGAAAAAAAAGUGCUUGGAGAAGUGGUUGAAAGACUUAAAGGAGAGAUUCGUGAAUCUCAAGAGAAUAAGCAACUUGGAAACCACUCCCCUGGGAAAAGUGUGGGUGCUGAACAGAGAGAACAGGUCUUGAAGCUUUCACAAGAAUUUGAACAAUUAAAUAAUUUUACUGUAGGGAGAAAUACUGCACCUGCUAAUUUAAUUGCAAGUGAAAAUAUCUAUAAAGAUCUUAUGUCUAAACUAACAGUUUUGGAAGUAGAGAUUCAAAGCCCAAAGGAAGAGAAAGAGGAACUCUGUCCUGAACAAGGAGAAAGUAAGCAGAGGGAAAUUGCAGAGGAGUCAGUAAAGGAGGGCACUUCGCCAGGAGAGAGGCAGAAGGAGGAGGACUCACAACAGAACCUAAAUAUGGAGGGUGAAGGACAGCAGUUGAUCUUGAAGCCUGAGGAAAUUGAGAGGCUUAGAGAAGAGCUGAAUCGUAUAAAUCAAAGCCUCCUGCAAUCUCAGAGCUCGGGGGAUAGUUCAGAUGACAAUAGUGCCAAGUGUCCAUCAUCUGGAGAGAAGGUGAAAUACCAGCAGCAAGAUGGUGUAGACCAGCUUCGUCAGAAUUUGCACCGGCUCCAGAUUCUGUGUAACUCGGCUGAAAAAGAGCUCCGGUAUGAGCGAGAAAAGAACUUGGACUUGAAACAGCAUAAUAGCUUACUUCAGGAAGAAAGCCUUAAGAUCAAAAUUGAACUAAAGCAGGCCCAGCAGAAGUUAUUAGAUAGCACAAAGAUGUGCUCUUCACUCACAGCAGAAAGGAAUCACAGUCAGCAGAAAAUCAGGGAACUGGAGCUGGAGGGACUUACACAGGCUCAGAGCAUCAAAUCCCAGAACAACCUGCAGGAAAAGCUGGCUCAGGAGAAAUCAAAAGUUGCUGAUGCGGAGGCAAAGAUCCUGGAUCUGCAGCAGAAAUUAGAACAUGCUCAAAAAGUCUCUCUCUCCGACACUUGUAUUUUGGGGAUGAAGCAACUAGAGCAAAGGAUAAAAGAAGCACUGGAAAAUGAAGCUAAAACAAAGCAGCAAUAUCAGGAAGAACAGCACAAGAGGAGACUCCUGGGUCAGAAUUUAAAAGAGCUACAAAAGCAAGUGAGAAUCUUACAAGAUAAAAGGAAUCAACUGGAAAUAACCAAUUCUCAGCAGCAAUCCAGAAUUCAGCAACAGGAGGCCCAACUCAAACAACUGGAAGAGGAAAAAAGAAAAUCAGAAGAGCAUCUCAAAAGCAACCGAGAAUUAUCAGAAAAGAUAUCUGGGCUGCAGCAGGAGAAGAAAGCGCUCUGUGAAGAAUAUGGGCAGUUUCUGAAGCAGCUUGAUGUCCAUGUGAGAAUCUGUAAUGAGAAACGUUACCAUCACAAAGCCAAGCUUUGCAGAGUCAAGGACCGUUUAAGUCACAAAGUAGAACUACGAGAUAAGAGAAUUGAACAACUGGAAAAUGAAAUCAGAGGUCUGCGGCAGCAAAUGGAAAAGAAAAAGGCAUUCCAGGAUGAGGUCACUGCUCAAAAUAAUAUACUGCUCCUAGAGAAAAGGAAACUUCUGGAACAAGUCACAGAGCGAGAAUUAAUCCGCAACAAUAAAUUGAUAAUAUCUUCAGUCCAGAUUAGAAAACAAUUUGUGACAUCCCUGAAUUUGAAUUAUUGAAUAAAAUCUUGCCCUUACAAGACUCCAGAAUUCUGAAGCUGGAUACAUGAACGUGGCUUUUAUGAAAGAGACACAUCACAUCCAAGAACAAGACCAAAAAUCAGAGCCA